GUCAUAUUUUCUACACGUGCCGUUGUUCCUUUGAUAUUCUAGCGGCUUGAAAAUCAAAUAUUUAAUUCAUAUUUUGCGCAUGAAAAACUAAAAAAUGGCAAAGAAACAAGUUAAACGAAAAGCAACAGAUUUCGUUGACAAGAAAAAAUUAAAAGAUUCGGAGAUUAAGUCUGCGGAAGAUGACGAGGAAGAGCAAGACUUGCAAGAGGAUUUGCUGCAGAAAAUAUCAAACGAAGACAACGAUAGUUCUGACGAUGAAGGAACAGAACAAAUUUACCAAUCCGAUGACAGCGACGAGUUGGAAUUUGAAAGCGACGAAGAGGGUAACUACGCCUCUAAAUGGGACGAAGGUGUUGAAUCUGAAAACAGUGCUGAUGAGGAAGCGGAGUCCGAUGAUGAAGAGGAAGAAGAGUCCGAUGAUGAAGAGGAAGAUGAAAUCAACGAUUCAGAUAUCGAAGAUAUUUCUGACGAUGAAGUUUCUAACGAAGAAACCCAUUUAAAACAGCGCGCUUUACCAAAAAGCAAAAAAUCAGAUGGAAUUAUUAAGAAAAACGGGUUAGAAGCCAGCACAUCCGCAAACGCUAAGAAAGAGCUUGAGUUGCAAAAAGUCAAAACAAAUGAAGCAUUAAAUGAUUUUAAAGAAGAGCUUAAAGAUCCGAAUAAUGCGUUGGUUUUACCAGCUAAGAAGGAGGAGUAUGCAGACUCUGAUACCUCGGAUGAGGAAGAUAUACGAAACACCGUUGGAAAUAUUCCGAUGCAUUGGUAUGACGAAUACAAACAUAUUGGUUAUGAUUGGGAUGCGAAGAAAAUUAUAAAACCAUCUAAGGGAGAUCAAAUUGAUGACUUUUUGCGAAAAAUUGAAGAUCCUGAUUUCUGGCGUAGCGUAAAAGACCCUCAAACUGGACAAGAAGUUGUACUCACUGAUGCUGACAUCGAACUUAUCAAGCGAAUUAAUUCAGCCCGUGUACCCAACCCAGAACAUAAUGAAUAUGAACCAUGGAUAGAAUGGUUCACAAAUGAGGUGGAACGAAUGCCGAUCAAAAAUGUGCCUGACCACAAGCGCUCAUUUUUACCAUCCUCAUCAGAACGUAAGAAGGUAUCGCGUAUGAUACACGCUCUUAAAAUGGGUUGGAUGAAAACAAUGGAGGAAGUAGAACGUGAAAAGAAGGAAGCACGCGGACCCAAGUUCUAUAUGUUGUGGGAAACGGAUACAAGUCGCGAACAUAUGCGUCGCAUACACGACCCGGUGUCAGCGCCCAAAAGAGAUUUACCAGGUCAUGCGGAAUCUUACAAUCCACCACCAGAAUAUAUAUUUGAUGAGAAAGAACGGAAGGAAUGGUUAAAACUUAAAGAUGAACCACACAAACGUAAAUUACAUUUCAUGCCACAGAAGUAUAAUUCACUACGUGAAGUGCCUGCAUAUCCACGUUACAUACGUGAACGUUUCAUGCGUUGCCUAGAUCUUUAUUUGUGUCCUCGUGCUAGGCGUACUAAGCUAAAUAUUGAUGCAGAAUACUUGAUACCCAAAUUGCCUUCUCCAAAAGAUUUACAACCAUUCCCCACUGUGGAGAGUUUGGUAUAUCGUGGUCAUACAGACUUGGUGCGUACUGUUAGCGUGGAACCCAAGGGAGAGUAUAUUGUUUCUGGAUCGGAUGAUAAAACUGUGAAAAUUUGGGAAAUUGCCACCGGUCGCUGCAUUCGUACAAUUGAGACCGAUGAUGUUGUGCGUUGUGUUGCUUGGUGUCCAAAUGCCAAGUUGUCCAUUAUUGCGGUUGCCGCUGGUAAUCGGUUGCUUUUGAUUAAUCCAAAAGUUGGUGAUAAGCUGCUCAUAAAGAAAACUGACGAUCUGUUGGCUGAAGCACCACAAAUUGACACAAUGGAAAGUGAACGCAUCAAGACGGCGGUGCAAUGGUCCGUGGCUGAAAAGGAAGAGCAAGAAAAGGGUGUUCGUUUAGUUAUCACACAUUUUAAGCCAAUUCAGCAAGUGACAUGGCAUGGACGUGGCGACUACGUGGCAACGGUUAUGCCUGAAGGUGCCAAUCGUUCAGCGCUUAUUCAUCAACUAUCUAAAAGACGUUCACAAAUACCAUUCUCCAAGAGUAAAGGUCUUAUACAAUGCGUUUUGUUCCAUCCCAUCAAACCGUGCUUCUUUGUAGCGACACAACACAAUGUGCGCAUUUACGAUUUAGUUAAACAAGAGCUUAUAAAGAAAUUGCUGACAAACUCAAAAUGGAUUUCGGGCAUGUCCAUACAUCCUAAAGGCGAUAACUUAUUGGUAUCGACGUAUGAUAAAAAGAUGCUUUGGUUUGAUCUGGAUUUAUCGACAAAACCGUAUCAGACUUUGCGUCUGCACAAGAAUGCUGUUCGCAACGUUGCUUUCCAUUUACGUUAUCCACUUUUUGCUUCUGCAAGUGACGAUCUGUCUGUUAUAGUUUCGCACGGCAUGGUUUACAAUGAUUUGCUGCAGAAUCCAUUGAUCGUGCCAGUGAAAAAGCUACAGACUCAUGAAGCGCGUGAGGAGUUUGGUGUGUUAGAUGUUGUUUGGCAUCCAGUACAGCCAUGGGUAUUUUCUUCAGGUGCAGAUGCUACCAUUAGGCUUUACACGUAGUUAAAUGUAGUUUUUUUUUUAAUUUUAUUAUUGAAUUAUUGCAUACUUAAUUUAUGCAACAUUAUAAAAUUAGCGAACAAAGCUAAAUAAAAUGUCAAAAUGAAAA